GCCGAUGUCGUAGCCACAUACAAGUAAUCUUAUAUAGGUAACCAACGUCUCUUGGGUAUAUCCCUUGCUUAAAAUAGCGGUCCAGGUUCAUCACCACACACGACGCCUCCGGGAAAGCGAUAUUUAGCGAUGCCAUACCAGAGCAGGCGCCAGUCCGCCAGGUCAUGGGCGGGGACAUGUUAUUCAGCUUGAUGUACACGACGCAGGGAUUCCCCGUAUCGAUGGCCGACGGCAAGGACAUAAAGACGUACCAGAACUACCUAACCAACACUCCAGCGAUCAGCAUCCCCAGCGGAACCGCGUGUCGUACUGUGGACUUUCCGCCCGACUACACGACGCCAAUGCACCGGAUGCCGUCUUGCGACUUCGGCGUCGUGCUGGAGGGCGAGGUAGAACUGAUACUGGACUCGGGCGAGACGCGGCUGCUGAAGAGAGGGGAUGUGUCCGUGCAACGUGGGACGAACUACGCGUGGCAUAACACAAGUAGGGACAGCUGGGCGAGGAUGCUGUAUGUGCUACAGUCGGCGGAGAAGGUGGUUGCGGGAGGGAUUGAUUGAGUAACUAUAAUUUGACCAUAUUUAUCGAAUCAUUACUACUUUAGAGAAUACCUUAUCCCUAAGGAGUGGAUUCUCUGAUUUGUGGCGUUCGGAGUUAAGAGACAAGGUUUAUCGUCAUAUAUAAUAUUUGGAUUUACAACAGCUGCGAA